AUGGCGAAUAUAGUGCGUCAAAAGUGGAGAUACCAGGUGACCACGAUUCAAACAGCAGGCAUCCUAGUGACUGCACUUCUUGGCGCUGCUUCUUUCUUUCAGAAUAGGUUUCUCGAGAAAGAAGUUUCUAAGCAUUCCGACGGUCUCGAUACACUCAGAACUAGUCAGAAAGAUCUCAAUACUAAUCAGAAACAACUCGAGACCAAUCAGAAACAACUCGAGACCAAUCAAGAACAGCACACAUCUUCCCUCAAAAUACUACAAACGGAUGUCCGAAAGAUACUCAAAGGAUUCGAGGAGGUCGAUAAGCAGCUGCUUGAAACUCGUCGCAACAUGGAAGAGAUGGAGAAGGCUUAG